AUGGAGCUGGCAACAGUGGGGCCUGGAGCGUCAGGAAAUGGGGUCAGGACUGUGACAGCCCCACGCUCAGCACCGGGCUCUGGAGUCAGCCUGCAUGCCUACGACAUCGCGGUCCUGGUUGUCUACUUCGUCUUUGUCAUCGGCGUGGGGGUCUGGUCAUCCGUUCGUGCAAGCCGAGGCACCAUUGGUGGCUAUUUCCUGGCGGGGAGGUCCAUGAGCUGGUGGCCGAUUGGAGCCUCUCUGAUGUCCAGCAAUGUGGGCAGUGGCUUGUUCAUUGGCCUGGCUGGGACAGGAGCCGCUGGAGGCCUUGCUGUGGGCGGCUUCGAAUGGAACGCAACUUGGCUGCUUCUGGCCCUGGGCUGGGUCUUUGUCCCGGUGUACAUCGCCGCCGGUGUGGUCACAAUGCCGCAGUACCUGAAGAAGCGGUUUGGGGGCCAGAGGAUCCAGGUGUACAUGUCUGUCCUGUCUCUUAUCCUCUACAUCUUCACCAAGAUUUCCACCGACAUCUUCUCUGGAGCUCUCUUCAUCCAGAUGGCCUUGGGCUGGAACCUUUACCUCUCCACGGUGAUGCUCCUGGCAGUGACGGCCAUCUACACCAUUGCCGGGGGCCUCACAGCCGUGAUCUAUACAGAUGCUCUGCAGACAGUGAUCAUGGUGGGCGGUGCCCUGGUCCUCAUGUUUCUGGGCUUUCAGGAGGUAGGCUGGUACCCAGGCCUGGAGCAGCGGUACAGACAGGCCGUCCCUAAUGCCACAGUCCCCAACACCUGCCAUCUCCCCCGGUCUGAUGCCUUCCAUAUGCUCCGGGACCCUGUGAACGGGGACAUUCCUUGGCCAGGCCUCAUUUUCGGGCUCACAGUGCUGGCCACAUGGUGCUGGUGCACGGACCAGGUCAUUGUGCAGAGGUCUCUCUCUGCCAAGAAUCUGUCCCAUGCCAAGGGGGGCUCUGUGCUAGGGGGCUACCUGAAGAUCCUGCCCAUGUUCUUCAUCGUCAUGCCCGGCAUGAUCAGCCGGGCCCUGUACCCAGAUGAGGUGGGCUGUGUAGACCCUGACAUUUGCCAAAGAAUCUGCGGGGCCCGAGUGGGCUGCUCCAACAUCGCCUACCCCAAGCUGGUCAUAGCCCUCAUGCCCGUCGGUCUGCGGGGCCUGAUGAUCGCCGUGAUCCUGGCCGCCCUCAUGAGCUCACUCACCUCCAUCUUCAACAGCAGUGGCACCUUGUUUGCCAUUGAUGUGUGGCUGCGCUUCCGAAGGAAGGCUACAGAGCAGGAGCUGAUGGUGGUGGGCAGAGUGUUUGUGGUGUUCCUGGUUGUCAUAAGCACCCUCUGGAUCCCCAUCAUCCAAAGCUCCAACAGCGGGCAGCUCUUCGACUACAUCCAGUCUGUCACCAGCUACCUGGCCCCGCCUAUCACCGCCCUCUUCCUGCUGGCCAUUUUCUGCAAGAGGGUCACAGAGCCUGGAGCCUUCUGGGGCCUCAUGUUUGGCCUGGCUGUGGGGCUUCUGCGCAUGAUCCUGGAGUUCUCAUACCCCGUGCCAGCCUGUGGGGAGGUGGACCAGAGGCCGGCCGUGCUGAAGGACUUCCACUACCUCUACUUUGCCCUCCUGCUCUGUGGGCUCACUGCCAUCGUCAUUGUAGCCGUCAGCCUCUGUACCACUCCCAUCCCUGAGGAAAAGCUUGCUCGCCUGACGUGGUGGACACGGAACGGUCCCCACCCUAAGCUGGAGAAGGAGGCCCCGGAGGGCACGCCAGGGACAUCAGAGAUGCCAUCUGGGGUGAGCCCUCUAGGAGGUGGAGGGAGAGAGAGCUCCAGCCAGGGCCAGGACCAGCAUGGAGCCCCGCGCAGGUGGUGGGGCAGGCUGCUGUGGGACUGGUUCUGCGGGCUGGCUGGCAGCCCCGAGCCUGCGCUGAGCCCCGAGGAGAUGGCCGCACGCCAGCGGAAGCUGACCAGCAUUGCCGAGGAGCCGCUCUGGAGAAGCGUCUGCGAUGUCAAUGCCAUCCUGCUGCUGGCCAUCAACAUCUUCCUCUGGGGCUAUUUUGCCUGACUCCGCAGACCUGGCUUCAGUGGAGACAGAGUAAACUGGACUGGAGCUGGGCCCGUCCAUCAUGCUGUGAAAACCGGGGACCACUGAGGCUGAGACGGCAGGAGCCCCUGCCCCAACCUGCACACUGGCCACGUGGGGAAAGGGAGACCAGAGAGGGCUCUGGGUUUGCUCAGGGCCACACAGCAGAACUCGCACCCAGGUCUUCUGAUUCCAGCUCUUUUUCCAUUAUACUGCCUUAUGUUCCUACCUCAGAAACACAGUUUCCACCCUCUUGGUGCUUCCAUUUAGGAGCUUUUACUAUACAUGUAUUUUGAGGCUUAAAAAAGUGGAAGAUAUAAGAAAAGGGUUGCAAAAACAUUGCAAAAGUCCAAGUGCAUCUUUGCUCACCUGUAUCCCUUCCCUCCGCCCUUUGUCCUCUCCUCCCUCCCUCGUUCCCAACCCCUAGUCAUCUAUUUCCGGCAGGCACCGACCCAGGAGGGCCUUUACUUCCACUGUCAGACCCCAGGGAGUGAGGGACCAGGGUGGAAUGUAAGCAUGGUGACAGAUGGUGUUUGGGCAGGGAGCUCUGGGGGGCUCUCCUUGGUGCCACUCAAAUUCUGCCCCUUCCCACCAUCACUUCUGAACACAUGUGGAGUUUCCACUGCCUUGAGGCAUUUAAUGUACUUGCCACAACUGGGUCAGGAUCCCACACCCUCUGGACCUGCCUCUGUGACAGUACCAAUCACUCUCCUGUGAUGUUUAUCUCCCCGGCUAGGCUGGGUACUCCAAGGGGCAAGGACAAAAGACCAAGGGCCACGUCCCAAGUGACUAUGUACCCAGAAAGUAAAAGCGUCCAAUAAAUGGUGAAUUAGUAAUUCCCUAAGGUCCUGGAAGGCUUCGCGUGGUGGCUGGCUGGGUAGUGACUUGGGGGGCCAGCUGGCGGGGAGGAGCCCCCUCCAGCUGGAGUGUGCACACCAUGCCUCAGAUGUCUGGAAAGGGACCACAGCCCUGCCCCGUUGCCAAGGACACAGUGAGAAGGUCCCUUCCUUUCUGUCUCGUGUCUAGGCUGCCCCUACUCUCAUCUGACCCUCUUCGAUGCUGCCUCUGAUCAUCACUCACUGUAAGUGACUACAAAUAAAAUUCUCGUCCUUUAA